AUGGCCGCCCCCGCCCACGACCCGGAGUCGCGACGUCGCACCCCGCUCACCACCCGGGUCAACGCCCGGGAGUCUCGCGACAGCGAUGAGAAGCCCUCCCCCUCGACAUCACCUUCCUCGUUGUCGUCAUCGUCGGCAACAGUACCUGCAGUCAUAGCAUCGCCGCCCACGGAGAAUGACGGUACCAGUCCACCGCGGCAGAAGCGAUGGGCCACCAAGACCCGGACCGGCUGCAUCACCUGCCGGAUCCGUCGCGUCAAGUGUGACGAGGCCAAGCCAAUGUGUAAUCGGUGCAUGACGUCGGGGCGCAUGUGUGACGGGUAUAAAAACCCGCCCAAGAAGCCGGCGAAGCAGAGCGCGGCGCCUACAUCUCGCACCACGACUGAGCCGCGGGCCGGCGCGAACGACGACGCGCAGGCGGUCUACCUUCCGGGCGCCAGGGUACACUUCGCCGUUGUCUUGGGCCAAGACGAUCUCGUACCCCCGGACUGGGAUCUUAUGGAAGCUUUACACUAUUGUCUGUUCACCCCUGUCCACCCGACAUCACACAGUGCGUCGCUAAUACAUCCCAACCUUGCCGCAGAUUAUCGAACUAUUUUCCCAAGUCUCAAUGCAAACCAGCUGGAUGACAACACGGCUGCUUUCAUGCCCACAGCAGGUAACCUUGGCUGCAAAACCAGCUUUAUCACAUUUAUCUUUAGCAAUCGAAUAGCGGACGCCGCCAAGAAGAGAGGGACUCUUCGAAGUCCAGAGCAUAUGCCAUACGACCAGUACCUGUGGACAGCGUUCCACGCGUCCAUGGUUGCCCUGCUCGCCAUAAUCAACGAAAGACUGUCUAGCUCCGACGGCGCCGUCAACGACUCCGUCUUUGUAAGAAUAGUGGAUAUGUUGAGUAUCGAUCUCACGUUAUUGGGAAGCAGCUGGCAGGCCCACCUCCACGGGUACGGUGCCUUAUACAAGAUGCGAGGCGGCUACAAGAGACUGUCCAAGGUUCUGAAGAGCUUCGACUACCAAUUCCAAUACGUUUACAUGCUUCACGUCCUCACGAGCACCACCACGCCCGCCGCGCGCAUGCUCACCAUCUUCGAUGACCUCACGUCCGAGGAGAUCCACCACGUCUUCACCUUUUCCCUAUACAGCGACGUGCCCUGUUCCAGCCACGUCUUCGCUGACCUCGUCCGCAUCAACCGCCUGCGCGCCCUCGUCGCCCACGGCGCCCCCGUCACCACCUUCGUCCGCCCCGCCGCCCGCCAAGUCUACCGCCACAUCGCCGAGUUCUCCGUCGACGACUGGGAGGAGCCCUACGGCGUGCCCGACAAGCCCGAGGCCCGCCUGCUGUGCCGCCUCUUCCAACAGGCCGUCCUGCUCUACGGCCUGCUCACCCUCCCGCCCCUGGGCCCCGCGGCUGUCCUUGCCGCGGAGGAGAAGGCGGCGGAGGGCGUGGAAAAGUCCUCUAGCCUGCCGUCGCCCGAGUCGUCGGGGCCGGAGACCGGAAACUACGCUGCGGCGUCCGAGGAGGAAGCGGGAGCCCUUCGCGACGAAGAAGAAGCUGCGGAGCUGCCCGUCGCGGCGGCGGCGACGGCGGCGGCGGCGGCGCCUAGUAUAGAGGCGCUUCGCCACGAUAUCCUUGCGCUCAUGCGCGAGAUCCUGCCCCUGAUCCCCCAGCGUCCCACCAGCCUCGCCUGGCCGCUCGCGGUGGUCGGCGUCACGCUCAGCGGCGAGGGGGACGCGCCGGAGCGCGAGUUUGUCGCGCAGACGCUGCACCGAAUCUCCACGCACCGCGACGCGUAUUACGGCCCGACGCUGUGCCUGAGCAAGCUACGCAGGUUUUGGGCAUCUAGGAAAACGGGCUGGGAAGAUUGUUAUGACGAAGCAUGCGCAGUCAUGGCUUGA